AUGCUUAAAUUACAGGAGAAGCGAAAACUUAUGGAAAUAUUAAAUAACCCAAUUUCUUAAAUUCAUAGGCCGUCAAAAAGCAAAACACAAUCUAGUCCCUAACCUAUUGAACAGCUAAUCUUCAAUCGAAGCCUAUUACGAGUCUAUGGAUAUUAAAAAUGCUAAACUCAAUCGAGGAAUAGGAAAAGAUUUAAUCUGAAAUAAUUAGAAAUAACGCAAGUGAAUGAGAACAACCAAUAAGUAGAAGAAAUCUUGAAAAGAGAUUACUCAACCAAAUCCAAUAACGAAAAAUAAUCCUCAUUUAAAAAGGAACAGUUAGAAAAAAGAUGCAAUACUACUGCAAAUAACAGAUUCAAGUAAUUGAAUGUCAUCAUAAAAGGAAGGAGAGACACCAACAUUUCAAGAGUUGUCGAGGAAUAGAAUGAUAGUCAAAAAUAAAGAUAUUAGAUGUUACAUCUUAAUUUCAUUAAGACUUAAAAAUAAUAUUAGAAUAUAUAUGGAAUACCUCUCUCCGAAUUUCUAUUAGAGCAUAAGUUUUUGACUCUAAUUCAUUAAUAGAUAUUGAUCAUUUUAUUGAUGAUCUUCUAAAUAGAUUGCACUAAUAUUUAUGAAGUAAUAACUUAUAAAUAAUAUAAACUCUUUAAAUAAGUUAUUAUUUGGAAGGAUCUAUCCAUUAUUGAAUUAGUUGAGAAAAUUUCAUCUAUUUUUGAGAAUGCUUCUGGAGGUGACUUGCUUAAUAUUAUUCAUUUAAUACCUUAAAUAUAACCCUAUAAAUAUCAUGGUAAAUCAAAAUAAACAAGAGAUAUGCAUUUAUUAAAUAAAACUGUUUAGGAUUUAGAAUUUAAAUUAAUAGAGCAUGUUUUACAAUAAGGAAAUUUAAAUAUUCAAAUUGAUAUAACUAAAUUUAAAAAACUAUUUUAUAAUUAAAUUAUUAAUAUUAAUACAUUCAUUGACUUAUUAUCCGGAUUAUUUUGA